UUCCCCCUGGGCACGUCGUCUCCUCUGCAAGAAAACCCUAAGAUCUGAAGCUCUAUAAAAUUGGUUGCAGAAAACUCGGAAUUCUGCAGAUUUCGCAAUUCGCUGCUGAAGAAGCCAACCGACUUCCGAUUUAGUCUCUUCAGGCUGUCAAUCCUUGCUGCAGGAAUGGGUACACCUUUGCUAGCAGGACUAGCUGUUGCAGCUGCUGCUUACGCGGGCAGAUAUAGCAUUCAGGCUUGGCAAGCAUUCAAGACAAGACCACCUAGAAUCCGCAGAUUUUAUGAGGGGGGAUUCCAGUCUGCAAUGACAAGAAGGGAAGCAGCUCUCAUUCUUGGAGUCAGGGAAAGUAUGCCGGUUGAUAAGAUUAGGGAAGCACAUAGAAGGGUCAUGGUGGCUAACCAUCCAGAUGCAGGCGGCAGCCACUAUCUUGCUUCCAAGAUCAAUGAAGCAAAGGAUAUGAUGCUUGGAAGGACCAAGGGGAGUGGCUCAGCGCUCUAAUCCUGAAACCAGGCUGUGUCAAAAUUUUGUAAGUCAUGUUUCAAGACCGACGAUGCUGCUCGAUUAAACUGAUAUAUAACCUUCAUUUUUAGGCCUAGCUUUAGUUCUGAUUGAAAUUCGUGUGCUCUUUCUUUGUUCUGUCAAUUAUCUAGGUAGGACCUAAGAGCCAUAUACUUGUCAGAAUUCACAUUAUUUGAGUUCAUUCCAUGGGAUUGGAAACUUGCCUGAUAUUUGUUUUGUAUGUACUCGGGAGUCUAAUUAAAUGAUAUCACUAACAAUGAAAUUUCUUAUAUGGAGGCA